AUGUUGCAUUCAAAUAAACUGCUUCAAAGUUUGCUCGCGGUGACUCUUUUACUUCAUGUGGCCAUUUGUAUCGCGGCUGUACCGUAUUUGUAUCGAACGUUGUCAUAUUCCGUUCUCGGCAAACCCACCCAUUCGUAUAAAGUACCUGCGUCAAUCCCAACAAAGCACAAAUGGCUCAAGUCAAGGAUUCAGUACUACAGCAAUACCACUGCGUCAUACAACUUGACUACCACCGCUAUUCUAGCCUGUGGCGAUGUGCAUCCUAAUCCAGGACCAGCUUUGAGUAGCUCUAGAAAACAAGUUGGGGCAAAACUGAACAGUUUAAGAGCUUUGUAUCUAAACGCUCGUAGUCUAAAGGCAACCGCAGAAUCCACAGACGACAAGGCAAAGAAAACCAGUAAGUUGACCAUUCUUCAGAAUCUUGUUUAUCUCGAACAGUAUGAUAUCGUAUGUGUGUGCGAAACCUGGUUAAAUGAAUUAAUUCUUGAUAACGAAAUUCUACCCGGUUAUACCAUUCAUAGAAAAGACCGACACGGGAACAUGAGAGGUGGCGGAGUCCUUGUAGCGAUAAGAAAUGAACUGCGCUCAUCUCGAAGACUGCUACUUGAAGGUCAACAAAGUGAACAUCUCAUGAUCGAACUGUAUCCUGCGAACUGCUCGAAAUUCCUAUUAAGUCUCUUCUAUAGACCACCAAAUUCUGAAGAAGAUAUACUAAUUGAGUUGAGAGACUCUCUUGAUCGUUUAGAUGAAUCAUGUCAAUUUGUUCUGGUCGGUGAUUUUAACCUACCCAAUAUUGACUGGUCAUUGGACUUUCCUUCUCCCACAUCUAAAGGCAGUUUCAAGGAGGAACUUUUUUGCGAGAUUAUUACAGAUCAAUUCCGCUACCAAAAAGAUGUCGGUCCGACACACCUGCAUGGUAAUAAAUUGGACUGUGUAUUCUCGAAUUCUCCGAAGCUCAUCACGAACGUGAACUGCACAAAUCCAACUGAUCUAUUUCCAACUGAUCAUUAUCUUAUCGAGUUCGAUAUCAAAGUUUGUUUUCAAAAAGCAAAAUCGAUAAGACGAACAGUGUACGACUUCAAUAAUGCAAACUUCGACGGUGCUCGUGAACAUCUAAUGAAUGUCCCUCUCGAUUCUGCGAUAUCCAAUAAUUCAGAUAUAGACGAAUGUUGGAAAGCAUGGAAAGAUCUAUUUAUCACAGCAAUAGAUAAAUCCUACCACAAACAUAUCCUCCGCAAUAGAAAUUCCCCACCUGCUAACACGUACAACAACUCAACUGCAACAACAUCACACAAAAAAGCAGAACUUUUCAACACAUUCUUCGCCUCUGUUUUUCUUCCGAAGUCAUCUUCCCAAGAUGCAAACCUGAACAUGACACCAAAAACUUACGAAAUAAUAUCUGAUAUUCAGAUCUCGCAGAAUGAAGUCGAGCAGUACCUUAACCAUUUGGACACAACAAAGGCUUAUGGCCCAGAUGGAAUACCACCACGUCUAAUGAAAGAACUCUCAAGAGAAAUCUCGACAAGCCUCUGCAGUUUGUUCAACAUGUCCUUAACAACAUGCCGCCUACCUAUGGAAUGGAAACAUGCGAACGUUAUACCCAUCCACAAAAAAGACUGUGUCGAACCCGUGACCAACUACCGUCCCAUUUCCCUUCUGCCGAUAAUUUCCAAAGUUCUUGAAAGAUGCGUUUUCAAUAACAUUUACCCAUUUGUUCGUGUACUGAUCAAUAAUGUCCAACAUGGCUUCUUAAGAAAUCGUUCAUGUAUAACCCAGCUUCUAGGUAUACUACAUGACAUUGGUAAAAAUCUGGAUCGAAACAAACAAAUCGAUGUGCUAUACCUAGAUUUCUCGAAAGCGUUCGACUCUGUAGAUCAUGACAUCCUACUUCACAAACUACAAAUGCAUGGCAUAAACGGAACGCUUUUACGAUGGUUCGAAAAUUACUUGAAUGAUAGAUGGCAGUGA